UUUUACCUAAUAUUUUAGUGGCUAGGUUUUUUAUAUUUUGUCCAUUAGCAAUGAACAUAAUCGCCGUUUUGUUCAUUACUAUACUGCUGGGCCGUACUGAGAGUCGGAUGCCAACAGUAUACGAGUUCUGUUCCCAUGUUGUCGAUAAAGAGGGCCCCAGUCAAGCCACAUGUGACUUGAGUCAGUGUAAAGGCAGGCCCGGAAAGCGAGGGCCGAUUGGAGAAAAGGGCGAUCGAGGUUCUAAAGGGCCAAAAGGCAAUCCAGGAACAGCUGAACAUUUGGAGCGGAGAAUACAAGAACUAGAAGCUUCUCUUGCAAAGUCAAAUCAGAUUCUCGAAUCACUGCCAAAAAGUGCAUAUUGUUAUCUGGGAAUGAAAAACCGAGAAAUUCCUGAUUCUGCAAUCACGGCUUCAUCAGUGUACGAUGGCAACCACAAUUCGUAUCACGGAAGGCUUGACAGUCGAAACAAACCAAACGACAGAGGUGCCUGGGCAGCAAAAUACAAUAGAGUUGGUGAAUGGCUCCUGGUUGAUUUGGGGAAGCCCACUAUGGUUGGAGGAGUAAUAUCUCAAGGAAGGCAUGAUUAUGUUCAAUGGAUCAAAACAUUUACAAUAUCGUGCGGGUAUUCUUCAUCUACGUUGGAGCCAAUUCAAGAAUCCGGAUUCACCAAGGUGUUUACUGCAAACAGAGACCAAGAUACGAAAGUAAUCAACAUGUUUCCGAGUCCGAUAUCUUGUCGAUAUAUCAGAGUCAACCCCCAAUCUUGGAAUGGCCAUGUCAGUUUGAGGGUCGAAUUUAUCAAAGGAGUCUGUUAUGAUAUGUACACGUAAUGUGAUGAAUUUUAUGAACAUGCCUAUAUACCAUGUGUACGUAUGUUGGUCUGUAAAUGAAAUUCAGCUAUGAAUGAUUCAAUUUAUAAUUCUUACCAAUAGAACGUUCAUGUUUUUUUAAACCUAUGGUACGUAAAUUUUGUUAGGUUUGUCGAAACGAAUACUUUUAAUCUGCAGUACAUUGUACGAACCUCUUUUAUUGAAAAUUUUUCCAAUGUUUUGUCAAACAAUUUUUUUUAAAUUUGUAAAUACCUGUCGUGUAUGCAGCUUCAAACGGAUUAAUUUCGGCACGAUAUAAAUUGGUAAUUUGUAACGAUACUAUACACUAAUUAUAUGAUAGUCUCAGCAUCCGAUAUUAACCCUGGCAAUUGAAUAAAUGUUUGUAUGUCAAAGUGCAAAGUUUCACCAUGAAAAUAAUACACACGACGUCCAGCAUAACUCGAUUUCAGUUUCAUUAAAAUUUUUGUAUAUGUAUUCCGCAUAGUUAAGUUCCAAUAAAUUCAUUAGAGCGGAAUUGUUUGUCAUGUAUUAUACAUCAUGCAGUGGCGUAUCUAUGUGACGGUGCCUAUGACCAAGUUUAAAAAUACCGCCCACUUGAACGUUGACUGCCAUUUUUUAACGACUGCUGUUGAAUUGAGAUACUUGUAUGUUAUUAUUUGAGUAAAAAAAUACGGGUUACAGUUAUUUCUAAUCUCAAAUUAUUUUUUCCCCCUGUACGAACGGUGCCCAUGGCACGAGCCGUGACCGCCACACCCUGGAUAUGCCACUGAGCAGUGGCGUA